GGUAAGAAAUUGUCACGAUCGUGAUUGCAUGUGAAUUUGUAGGAUAAAAAUUAUCAAUUUUCUAGCUACAUUUUUCUAUUUAUUGUGUGUUGAAAUAUUUCUCGUAUUUAUUAGUACCCAAAUACCCGAAAAGCGGUAUCUUUCCAUUACUACCAGACGGAUGAUGAUUAAUUGUUUGACCGAUAUCUAAAGGAAUUUCACAAGAUAGAGAAAUAGCAAAAUGGGGAGUUACAAGGAGAUCCUCUGCCAGAGAUUCCCCCUCAUCGAUUCCGUUGUAGUGCAGUACGUAGAAGAAGUGAUGGAGGGCAAUGAUGACUUCGCCACCGGGAGUGAUGUCUACGAUGCUGUGGGAGAGGUGUUGCACGAGCUGGCGCGGGAUAAGUCCGAGGACGACAUCAGGGAGAUCUGCCAGCUGCUGUACAACAAGGUGUCUCUGUCCGGAGGCAAUGCCUAUCAGGGCAGCGAGAAGAAGAUUCUGGAUGCACCGGUGCAACUGGAAGAGAUGGCCAAUAGGGACAUUGACACAAUGAAGGACAUUAACAGCAUAUGGAUGAUUGAGAAGGGCGCUGGGAAUAUGAAAGUGAAUGCGAGAAAGUUGGAGAAAGCCGAGGCGAAGUUGCAGCAGAAGCAGGAGAAGCGCCAAGACUCAAAGCCCGCUAAACCACCACCUGUAGAACUAAUGACAGCCUCUGCAUCUCAAAUGAUUAGUAAGAAAGACAACAAGUUGGCGGCAAAGGGUGUGGGCAGGAAUAUGGACUUUAAAAUUGAGAACUUUGACAUUUCCUUCGGUGAUAAAGUCCUUCUUGUGAAUGCCGACUUAAAUCUGGCCGCCGGCAGGCGAUAUGGCCUUGUGGGGAGGAAUGGCUUGGGUAAAACCACACUCUUGAGAAUGAUUUCCAGUGGACAACUACAAAUCCCGCCUCAUAUUACUGUUCUCCAUGUGGAACAAGAAGUCGUUGGCGAUGACACUCUGGCGCUAGAUAGUGUUCUAGAGCAGGACACGGUCCGAACGAAUUUGUUGAGAAGAGAGAAGGAAUUAUUGGCUACAGAGGCUACAGAAGAGUUGGCGGACAUUUACCGGCAAUUGCAGGAAAUUGAGGCAGACAAGGCGCCGGCCAAAGCAUCAGUAAUCCUCAGUGGUUUAGGGUUCACGAAAGAGAUGCAGAUUGCAGCCACGAAAACUUUCUCGGGAGGUUGGAGAAUGCGUCUGGCUUUGGCUAGGGCACUGUUUUCCACACCAGAUCUUCUUCUCUUGGACGAGCCGACGAACAUGUUGGAUAUUAAGGCGAUUAUCUGGCUGGAGAAUUAUCUCCAGACCUGGCCAAACACUCUCAUUGUGGUUUCCCAUGACAGGAACUUCCUGGACACGGUGCCCACGGACAUUCUCUACCUCCAUAGCCAACGAAUUGACCCCUACAAGGGGAACUAUGAGCAGUUUGAGAAGACCAAGACGGAGAAGUACAAAGCCCAGAAGAGAGAAUACGAUGCCCAGAUGGCCAACAGGGCUCAUGUACAGGAGUUUAUUGAUCGAUUCCGUUAUAAUGCCAAUCGCGCAGCCAGUGUGCAGUCCAAGAUCAAGAUGCUGGAGAAGUUGCCAGAGUUGCAGCCGGUGGAGAAGGAACCAGAGACGGUGAUUAAGCUACCCGAUGUGGAGCCUCUGAAUCCGCCAAUUCUCAUGCUGACAGACGUGGCGUUUGCCUACGAUAGACCUAUCUUCAAGUGUCUGAAUCUAAAUGCCGAUCUUCAGUCCCGGAUAUGUAUUGUGGGCGAGAAUGGAGCUGGUAAAACAACUCUGUUGAAGAUUAUUAUUGGCACUCUGGAUGCAACAUCUGGCAUUGUUUUCACAAAUCGCAAUCUCAAGUUCGGCUACUUCUCUCAGCACCAUGUGGAUCAGCUAGAGAUGAAUCUGUGCUGUGUGGAAGUGUUGCAGAAGGACUUUCCGGGAAAACCAGUGGAGGAAUAUCGUCGACAGUUGGGCAGUUUUGGCAUUUCCGGCGACCUAGCCUUGCAGUCCGUGGCAAGUUUGUCUGGUGGACAAAAAUCCCGAGUGGCUUUCGCGAAGAUCUGCAUGGCCAAUCCCAAUUUCUUGAUUCUCGACGAGCCCACCAAUCACUUGGACAUCGAGACCAUCGAUGCCCUAGGAAAAGCACUCAAUGUUUUUCAAGGCGGAGUCAUUCUGGUUUCUCACGACGCUCGCCUGAUCAAGAUGGUCUCGCGAGAGUUGUGGGUGUGCGGCAAUCAGGAUGUGAAGACCGUAGAGGGAGGCUUCGAGGAGUACAGAAAAAUCGUGCUGAAGGAACUCGAGGCAGCAGCCAGUUAAAUGCUGAGUAUGUCAAAUGUAAAUAUCCUUACAAUUGUCUAUAUGAACCCCUCUUUUUGCAUAAAGUCACGUGAUUAGAACAA